AUGUCUCUAUCAAAAGUCGUCAACGGCAGACUCGUCACCAACACUGACGUCGAACCUCCCAUAGGAUGGACCGUCAACUUCGAAGACAUGGGCAGCGAAACUGAAUGGGGUGAAGAUGGUGAGGUCGCAGACCUUGUCGCCCCCUAUGGCAUUUCCGGAGUGGUCAAGCCGCUGUUCAGGAUCCGGUACAGCAGCAAUGAAGUCAUUUUUAUCAUUGACAUCAACGAGCAGUAUUAUGUUUACAAUGGUGAAAGUGGAUGGGUGCAGAGAAUUGUCACGCCGACGGACUUGAAGGAGAUUGUGGAAUUUAUCAAUGAGCAGGGAUGGUUCAGGCUCGAGACUGAGAAUCUCGAUGCUUGACUGAAGUUGUGCAUUGUAUCGAGUCUAGAUUGCAGUCAUAUAUGCACAGGUCGCUAUUAGGCCUCAGUUGGGCUGAUAAAGUGUCAUAAAUCGAGGUAUUUCGUGAAGAGGAUAGUGUAUUUGUAAUGGACAAGACAAUCUGAGGAA